GAGAACAGCUGUUGUUCUUUUCCGACCUCAUAGUCAGAGAGCCGACAGUUAAUUCGAAUCCUAUAAAUUUCAACUAAUCUCCUCCAUUUUCAAAAAUCAAAAUUCUUUUUCUUACCUUUGAUUUUCGAUUCUAAAUCCCAUUUUCGAAACCAGAUUUAUCGAAUUAUCUAAUCCAAACCAACACAAACACCAAGAAGAAAGAAGAAGACGAAGAACAAGAUCUGCUCUGUAUUUAACAAAAAAAAACAUUUGCUCUUGUUUGUUCCUCUGUGCGAAACAGAGAAGUCAACACUGAGUCUUCCGCGACGUCGUUUUAGCAAAUCGAGACUUUCAAAUCGGAGAAAUGGCCGGAGGGUUCGUCAGUCAAACGCCGGGCGUUCGAAACUAUAAUUACAAAUUAACACCGAAAGUGUUCGUAACAUGUUUCAUCGGUGCAUUUGGUGGUCUCAUCUUCGGAUACGAUCUUGGAAUCUCAGGAGGGGUAACAUCAAUGGAGCCAUUCUUGGAAAAGUUCUUCCCUUACGUGUACAAGAAGAUGAAGAGCGCACACGAGAACGAGUACUGUCGAUUCGAUAGUCAGCUUCUCACUCUCUUUACUUCUUCUCUCUAUGUGGCUGCUUUGGUCUCUUCCCUCUUCGCUUCUACAGUGACCAGAGUUUUCGGAAGAAAAUGGUCGAUGUUUCUUGGUGGCUUCACCUUCUUCAUUGGCUCUGCUUUCAACGGCUUUGCUCAAAACAUCGCUAUGCUUCUCAUCGGUCGUAUCCUACUUGGUUUCGGAGUCGGAUUUGCCAAUCAAUCUGUUCCGGUUUAUCUCUCGGAGAUGGCUCCUCCGAAUCUAAGAGGAGCGUUCAACAAUGGGUUUCAAGUAGCGAUUAUAUUCGGUAUCGUUGUUGCGACCAUCAUCAAUUACUUCACUGCACAGAUGAAAGGGAACAUCGGUUGGAGAAUCUCUCUCGGAUUAGCUUGUGUUCCUUCAGUGAUGAUCAUGAUCGGAGCUUUGAUCCUUCCCGAUACACCGAACUCGCUCAUCGAACGUGGCUACACAGAGGAGGCUAAACAGAUGCUUCAAUCCAUCAGAGGAACAGAGGAAGUCGAAGAAGAGUUUCAAGAUCUCGUUGAUGCAAGUGAGGAGUCAAAGCAAGUGAAACAUCCAUGGAAAAACAUCUUGCUUCCUCGUUACAGACCACAGUUGAUCAUGACUUGCUUCAUUCCUUUCUUUCAACAGCUUACCGGAAUCAAUGUCAUUACGUUUUACGCGCCUGUUCUGUUCCAAACACUCGGGUUCGGUAGCAAAGCCUCGCUGUUAUCGGCUAUGGUUACGGGUAUCAUCGAGCUCUUGUGUACCUUCGUCUCUGUUUUCACAGUGGAUAGGUUUGGAAGAAGAGUCUUGUUCCUCCAGGGAGGUAUCCAGAUGCUUGUCUCUCAGAUCGCUAUUGGAGCAAUGAUUGGAGUCAAAUUUGGAGUGGCUGGAACAGGGGACAUUGGAAAAUCAGAUGCUAAUUUGAUCGUAGCUUUGAUCUGCAUCUAUGUAGCUGGUUUUGCCUGGUCAUGGGGACCGUUGGGAUGGCUUGUUCCUAGUGAGAUAUCUCCACUAGAGAUCCGAUCAGCAGCUCAAGCCAUAAACGUAGCGGUCAACAUGUUCUUCACGUUCCUUGUAGCUCAGCUUUUCCUCACAAUGCUCUGUCACAUGAAAUUUGGACUCUUCUUCUUCUUUGCGGUGUUUGUCUUCAUAAUGACGAUAUUCAUCUACAUGAUGUUGCCUGAGACGAAGAAUGUACCAAUCGAAGAGAUGAACAGAGUGUGGAAGGCGCAUUGGUUUUGGGGAAGGUUUAUACCUGAUGAAGCUGUUGGUAUUAGUGCUGCUGAGAUGCAACAGAAGUCUGUAUGAUGAUGAAAAAAUGUUUUCUUUGGGCAAAAUACUUGUGAGAAAAUUUUAAACAAAAAAAAAAAGAAAAGCGAUGAUUAAUAGGAUGAAAUAAGAAUGAAAUUUAUUCCUGAAAGAAAGCUGCUCUGUUUUUUUUUUAUUUAGAGACUUUGCUAGCUUUUUACUUGGUUUCUUCUCAUUCAAUGUCUCUUUGCUGCAA